UCAUUUCACAAAAUGCACAACCUCUUACUCUCCCCUCUCUCUCGUCGCCGAUCUGCCGUCGCCAUCCUCAGCACCACCGUUCGCCGACGUCUCCUUCCUCUUCUCUCUCUCUCUCCUUCUUUCUCUCUCUUCUCUCUUUCUCUCCUCUCCAUACCGCCGCCACCACCGCUGCGGAUCCGCUCCCGCCGCGGAUCCGCCUCAGCCGCCGUCGCCGAGGGCCUCCCCAGCCGCCGUGGAUCCCGCUAUUACCUCGUGCAGCUCCUCCCGCCGCCGUUCGCGUCGCUGCCACCUCCGGCUGUGUUUCUUUUCCCCUCUUCUCUCUCCCGAUCCGCCGCCGCCGUUCAAGCACAGGCGGCGGCUUCGGCCUCCUCCGCGCCUCAUGUUACCGGAGCAGCCUCCCGGCGCCACUCCAGCCCCGGCCGCUGCCUCCUCGCCGAACUCCCGGAAGAUUCAUCAAGAUUGUGAAGUUAUCCUUGGCACGGGGGUGUGGGCUGUCCUCGUCGUCUCCGGCCUGCCAAAGAGCCAUCGCCGGAAAUCCGGCAGAUUCUUAUUCUAGAGAUAAGUUCUUUUUUUUUUCAUUCUCUCUAGUUAAUUUAGGUGGUAGGAUUUUAGUUGGUGUAUUUACUGAAUUCGGUGAACUUGAAUAUUAUGGAUCAUGUAUUAUGUCUACUUCCUUACUUGGUAUUACUUGGUAUUGUUGGUGUUCUAGAUUUAAGAUGUAUGCAUGGUUCGUGUGUGUAAAGAGAAAGGGGUUCUUGGAGUUUACCUUUUGAUGGUGAAAAAGUAUCGUUGGAUCGUAGUGAUCGACUCUGCAAUGGUUGCAAAUCUCCCUCUCUAUCCUAUAUUGCGUUGGUGUGGGAAGAGAAUUUAGAAUGUUUG